CCGCCGCCGCCGCCGCCCCGGGCCGCCCAUGGCCCCCUGAGCCGCCGCGGCGCCGGCCCCGCGCGGCCAUGAAGCCGCUGGAGAAGUUGCUGAAGAAGCCGGGCUCGCACCUGGCCGCCCGCGCCGCCGCCCCGGGGCCGCCGGGGCCGGGGCCGGGGCCGGGGCCGGGGCCGGGGCCGGGGCCGGGGCCGCGGCGGCAGAGCCUGUCGCGGCCGCCCGCCUCCCCCGAGGAGCCGCCGGGGCCGCGGUCGGGCGAGGGGCGCUGGCUGGAGCUGCGGCCGCCCGAGGCGCCGCCGCGCUCGCCGCCGCCGCCGCUCUCCUCCGAGGAGCUGUCGCUGUCGCUGUCGCCGUCGCCGUCGCCGUCCCCGGGCGGCGGCGGCGAGCGGGAGCCGCCGAGCCCCGAGCCGCCGCCCGCUGCCUGCUGCUGGCCGCCGGCCCCCCCCGCGCCCCCCGAGCGGCUGCUGGCCGCGCUGCUGGAGCGACUGGCGGCGGGCGGCGCGCACGGCCGCGGCUGCGGAGCAGACUCGCUGCUCGACGACGUGGUGCUCACGCACUCGCUCUUCCUCCCCACCGAGCGCUUCCUGCAGCAGCUGCACCAGCACUUCGUGCUGGCGGCGGGCGGCCUGGCACCGGGCCGGGAGGAGGGCGCGGGGCUGCGGCGCAAGCGGGCCGUGCUCGCCGUCCUGCUCCAUUUCCUGGAGACCUACAAGGGGCUGCUGCAGGAGGAGGAGAGCGCUGGCGCGGUCAUCAAGGAGCUCUACCUGCUCAUCAUGAAGGACGCGUCCCUCCGCCGCGACCGGGAGGACCAGAUCCUGCAGCUGCACCAGCUGGUGGAGACCGUGGAGCUGAAGGUGGCCGACGAGACGCCCCCCCCGAACAAGCAGGUGAAGCCGCUGUUCCGGCACUUCCGCCGCAUCGACGCGUGCCUGCAGACGCGGGUGGCUUUCCGGGGCUCCGACGAGAUCUUCUGCCGCGUCUACAUGCCCGACCACUCGUACGUGACCAUCCGCAGCCGCCUCUCGGCCUCGGUGCAGGACAUCCUGGCCUCGGUGACGGAGAAGCUGCAGUACUCGGAGGAGCGGGGCGCCCGCGAGGACGCCCUGCUCCUCGUCGCCGUGGCCUCGUCCGGAGAGAAGGCCGUGCUGCAGCCCAGCGAGGAGUGCGUCUUCACCGCGCUGGGCAUCAACAGCCACCUCUUCGCCUGCACCCGGGACACCUUCGAGUCGCUGGUGCCGCUGCCCGAGGAGGUCCAGGUGGUGCCGGGGGACACGGAGAUGCACCGCGCCGAGCCCGAGGAGGUGGCCAACCACCUCACCGCCUUCCACUGGGAGCUCUUCCGCUGCAUCCACGAGCUGGAGUUCGUGGACUACGUCUUCCACGGGGAGCGGGGCCGCCGGGAGACGGCCAACCUGGAGCUGAUGCUGCAGCGCUGCAGCGAGGUGCAGCACUGGGUGGGCACCGAGCUGCUGCUCUGCGAGUCGCUGGGCAAGCGGGCCCACCUGCUCAAGAAGCUCAUCAAGAUCGCGGCCAUAUGCAAGCAGAACCAGGACAUGCUCUCCUUCUACGCCGUCGUCAUCGGCCUCAACAACGCCGCCGUCAGCCGCCUGCGCCUCACCUGGGAGAAGCUCCCGGGGAAGUUCAAGAACCUGUUUCGGAAGUUCGAGAACCUGACGGACCCCUGCAGGAACCACAAGACCUACCGGGAGGUGCUGGCCAAGAUGAAGCCCCCCCUCAUCCCCUUCGUGCCGCUCAUCCUCAAGGAUCUCACCUUCCUGCACGAGGGCAGCAAGACCCUCCUGGACGGGCUGGUCAACAUGGAGAAGCUGCACUGCAUCGCCGAGAAAGUGAGGACGAUCCGCAAGUACCGGAGCCGCCCGCUGUGCCUGGAGCUGGAGGCCUCCCCGAGCCAGCUGCAGACCAAGGCCUACGUGCGCCAGCUGCGGGUCAUCGACAACCAGAACCUGCUCUUCGAGCUCUCCUACAAGCUGGAGCCCAGCGGCCAGUGAGCGCGGGGGGGGGCCCGGCCCGGCCCCCCAGCACUGACGCACUUUGCCCAGGGGCCGCGGGGAGCCCGGGGGGGGGGGGGGGAACGCACCCCGCCGUGGGGCGGCUCUGCCCCCCUCCCCGUAUUUUUCUACGUGUCCCUCGGCCCCGCUGCCUGCCGCGGCCCCCCCAGAAUGUAUAUAUUUUGUACCAAA